CCAAGGAGCAUGGGCAGCAGGGUCACCCUAGCGCCAUGCUUCAUAAAGGGCGCCGUUACAAUAGGUUUACUGUUACUCUGAUGACUGCUGGGAUACAAUAGGACUGAAUGUACUGGCCUGAUGCUCCUCCAUUUCUCUCCAGUUUUCACUUGAUGACAAGGAAGACAGACUGAGACGAGACAGCAUGAUAUCAGAGGACGCCCCUGAAGUAACCUCACGGACUAAUGGGGCUUAUACUGCUGAGCCUGAUUCUUCGGUACUGGAUCAACACCGUGGAGGGAUCAUGUUCAGCUGGCACCGCUGUGACUUGUGAUGAGUGUCUGCAGCUCAGUUCCCACUGUGCCUGGUGCACGCAGGAGAAUUUCACAGACUGGUUCUCAGUCAGCAAAAGAUGCGACACACUGGAUAUCUUGCUAGAAAAGGGAUGUGCCAAGGACCAGCUGGAGUUCCCGGUUUCCAAAGGCCAAAUCCUGCAGGAUCGCCCACUCGGGAAGAAAACAGGCAACGUUAACAGCACUCAGAUCUCCCCACAGAAAAUGGCACUCAAGUUACGACCUGGCAGUCAGAUGACUUUCCAGGUCAAGAUUCAACACACGGAGGACUAUCCUGUGGACAUCUACUACCUGAUGGACCUCUCUGCGUCCAUGAUCGACGAUCUCAAGAUGAUCAAAGACUUGGGCUCCACUCUGUCUAAAGAGAUGGCCACCCUCACCAGUAAAUUUCGAAUGGGCUUUGGCUCUUUUGUGGAGAAACCUGUCCUGCCUUUCAUCAAGAUCACAGAAGAGGAGCUGGCCAACCCCUGCAGCGGCGUAGGCUCGGACUGCCUGCCGGCGUUUGGCUACAAACACGUCCUGUCUCUGACAAGCAGCACUGAGAAGUUCAAUGAGAUUAUCAAAAUGCAGCGUGUAUCUGCAAAUAUUGACGUGCCAGAGUGUGGCUUUGACGCUGUCAUGCAGGCAGCUGUUUGUGGGGACAAGAUAGGCUGGAGGAAUGAUUCCAUGCGUUUGCUGGUGUUUGUCAGUGACGCUGACUCACACUUCGGGAUGGACAGCAAGAUGGCCGGCAUCGUGAUUCCCAACGAUGGGCAGUGUCACCUGGAUGCCAAUAACGAAUACUCCAUGUCCACAGUGCAGGAGUAUCCAACGCUCGGUCAGCUGAUUGAUAAGGUGCUGGAGAACAAUAUCUUACUAAUAUUUGCUGUGACAGAGCAUCAGGAACCCAUCUAUAAGAACUAUGCAAAUCUCAUACCUGGCGCCACAGUUGGAGUCCUGGCGACAGAUUCGCGGAACAUCCUGGAACUGAUUGUAACAGCAUACAAAGAACUACGAUCAGAGAUUGAACUAGAGGUCCUUGGAGACACAGAGGAGCUCCAGAUGUCUUUUACAGCCAUUUGUCCAAAUGGGACCGUCCUCACUGAUCUGAAACACUGCUCCAACAUCAAACCUGGAGAGACGGUCGUGUUCAACGUGUCUGUGGAGCUCCCAGGAUGCCUGUCAGGCGUUCGGCACUUCUCCCUCAAACCGGUGGGUUUACAGGACAGUCUGGAGGUGGAACUGGAAUCUCUUUGCUCGUGUGACUGCCGGCAGCCUCCUGAAGCAAACAGCACCCAGUGCACCGAGGGCCAAGGGGCUUUCCAGUGUGGCGUAUGUGUGUGUCAGCCGGGGUUCCUGGGAGCACAGUGCGAAUGUAAUGAGGAAAGUGCUUUGUUGAGCAACUGCCUUGCAAACAAUGAGUCCGAGAUAUGUAGCGGUCAGGGACAGUGCUACUGCGGACAGUGUGUGUGUCAUGCAUCCAGCUUUGGAAGCAUCUAUGGACCUUAUUGCGAGUGUGACAAUUACUCCUGUGUCCGCUUCCGUGGGGAGCUCUGUGGAGGCCACGGGGUGUGUGACUGCGGGGAGUGUCACUGUGAGAGCGGCUGGACAGGGGAGUAUUGUAACUGCAGUACCAGCACUGAGGCGUGCAUGUCAGAGGAUGGCACUCUCUGCAGCGGACGGGGGAGAUGUGAGUGUGGCCACUGUGUCUGCUCUGUACCUGGAGCAUCUGGGGACAGGUGUGAGAAGUGCCCAACGUGUGGAGACGCCUGUAGCUCCGCAAGGCCCUGUGUCGAGUGCCAUCUGCAAGAUAAGGAUGAUGCCGAGGUGUGUGAUCAAAAGUGCAGCGUCCCUAAAAUUUCUAUCAACACAACAACAGAUUAUGACAAGAGCCCUUCUAUGCAAUGCAAGCUGAUGACGGAGAAUGAGUGCUGGAUCUCGUUUAAUGUCAUAGGAGGUGAGACAGGGAUCACUACCUACGACCUCCAGAUGUUCGGUUGCCCUGAGACUCCCAACAUCCCCAUGAUUAUUCUGGGGGUCUCCCUUUCCAUCGUGUGUAUCGGCCUGAUCCUGCUGGCUGUGUGGAAGGUGCUGGUAUCUGUCCACGACCGUAAAGAGGUGGCCAAGUUUGAGGCUGAGAGGGCAAAGGCAAAAUGGCAGACGGGGACCAACCCUCUCUUCAAAAGCUCAACGUCUACAUUCAAAAAUGUAACUUAUAAGAACACACAGAGAGAAAAGAUGAUUACACUGGAUCACUACUGAUGACAAACUGGAGGCAAACCAACAUCUGAGUGCACUUAAGUGUGUGUGAAUUAGUAUGUGUGUACGUGUGAGUGGGUGCGUGUUUGAGACAGAGGGAAAAAAUUUUGUACUAAAAUUUGUUUUUGUAAGAAUCUCUGUGUUGAUUCAGAGACGUUAUAACACAGUAGACGACACUGUGAACAGACAAACACUACAUGAUGAACUUGCUGCUGUAAAAGUGCACUGUCGAUGUACUGUUAAACACUGCACUUUCCUGAUGCAUUGUCGUACAAACUUUAACUUUUGUCUACUGUAACAUGCAGCUUGGAAAGGAGGAGUCUGCACUACGAGUGGUCUACUACUGAAAAAAAAUCUUUUAUUCUAUUGAAUGUAAAUAUACAGGUGGAUUAUUAUGACUUUUUUAAAAUAUUGUGUUUGUUGGUGUUUUAUUGUAAAGCAAGGCUGAGCCUUUGAUGUUGAUAAUUGAGGUUUUUUUAGUGGCAUGGCACAUAAAUAAAGUUGAAUUUUGUUUUAUUGUGAAA